UGCCGAGCCCUGGUUACCAGGGUCGGGAGAAGGAAGGGGGCCGUGCAGGGAGCCCACUAGAAAGUGCUGUUUCUGCCCCAGAGAUGACUGAGGUUUAGUUUGACCCCAGCCCACCAUCAGGCUUUUGGUGACACAGGGUUGGGGAAGUUGCUGAUAACAUCCUACAUACCUCACCCAGUGACUCAGUGGGGUCCUGGGCCAGUGUGGGCAUUGGGCCCCUCUCCCUGGCCUCCAGCCCAGACCCCCAUAGCCAGGUCUCUGCUGUUGGCAGGUGGGGUCUGAAAGUGCCCAAGGGGCACAGUCACUGCUGACGGAGCUGGUGCUGCGGCGGAUCUCGGCCUCGCCCCAGCACCUGACGGCCUUCGAGGAAGCCAUACCCAAGUCCUACAUGAUCAGCGCAGACAUGGCCCAUGCCGUGCACCCCAACUACCUGGAUAAACAUGAGGAGAACCACCGGCCCUUAUUCCACAAGGGCCCCGUGAUCAAGGUGAACAACAAGCAGCGCUAUGCCUCGAAUGCCGUUUCAGAGGCCCUGAUCCGCAGGGUGGCCAACAAUGUUGGGGUGCCCCUCCAGGUGAGAGCUGGCACUGCCUCGGAAGGGAGCAGAGGGGCACAAGCAGAUGGGCUCCCAGUGAGUGGGGACCAUGGUAGACAGUAUUUAGUGGAGAGGGUCCCAGUAGAGUGAGGAGAACAGGGGUUUGGGAUGUAGGCAGAGCUGGAAUCCCUGCUGAUUCUGCCGUGGUACUAGCCCUGUGACCGUGGACUAGUCUUCUAAUUUCUUGGAGCCUCAGUUUCUACACCUGUAAAAUGGGGCUGAUGGCGAUGCCUCUUCUGCUGGAUUUCUCUGAGGAUUAAAGGUACAGUGUGCUUAUGGCACAUGGUGAGUUAGUCCUGCCCUUUUCUCAUCCAGCACUCCCACCUCCCCUGUGUCUCUCUUACACACCCUGGGGGCUUCCCUAAGGGAACUUCAGGGCUGAGGGGCUUGGAACUCUUAACUGUUCGUUUUCACUCUUCCCUUGGCAAUGGCCCAUCUAGUCAUAGGUGUAGGUGUAGACACAGACAUACUUCGGAGAUAUUGUGGGUUCGGUUCUAGACUUCCACAAUAAAGUGAAUGUCACAGUAAAGCCAUUCACAUGAAGUUUUUGGUUUCCCAGUGCACAUAAAAGCUAU